AUGAAAACGCCAAUUGUGCCCUCAUCCAGAAUCCCGAAGAAAGUGAUCGCGGCAAUGGUGGCUGCUGGCGCUAAGAAGGAGGAACUGGACGGAGAGGACAUAAGAAUUCUGCGAGUCGAAAGUGUGCACUCGGAAGCGUGGGGCGUGUAUGAACGCUGGGCUGCUUCACUUGGCGAUGUCAGUCCACUGAUGAUAGCCCAUUCCUCGCCACCAGCGGAGAUACGAGGCACCAGAAGGUGCCCUCCUCGUGAGAUCGCCAUUGAGCUUCAGUUUGAUGCAACGAGCAUUAUUAACCACUUCGCGGAUGGAAUUCCGGCAGGUCCGGUUGAACCUCAUCCGGAUCCAGCAGCUAUGAUCAACGUUCGGCACCCGAAAGUUGCAGUCACUGCGUUGAUAAGCGCGAUCUGCUGCCCUGGGCCAACCUUCCCGGUGAUCAACGGGUUGGAAUUAGGUCAGUACAUUUGCCACGUCCAGUACGUUUGGAGAGGUGCGCUUGUCACCGUGCCGGUUUUCCGUACGGGAUCUUAA